AUGGCUACUCCUGCCAUGUCACCAAUCUUGAUCUCAACCCUUCCAGACCUCCUGAGCUUUAUUUCCUCGAUUUCUCAGUCUAGCACGCUCUAUCUGGACCUUGAGGGCAACAACCUCAGUCGCAACGGAAACCUCACCAUCAUAACCGUACUCAUCCAUCCUACACGAGUGACAGGCCUGAUCGAUGUCCAGACUCUCGGAAACUCCGCUUUCACUACGCCCACUUCCAGUGGAAACACCCUCAAAUCUAUCCUCGAAGAUACCCGAACAACCAAACGUCUCUGGGAUGUGCGGAAUGACGCUGACGCUCUCUGGGCUCACCACCAGAUCCGCCUCGCGGGUGUCACGGACAUACAACUCCUCGAGAAUGCGUCCCGCGCUGGUGACAAGACCUAUGUUCGCGGGCUUGACAUAUGCGUCGAGAGGGAUCUGGGACUAAAUGCCAUGGAGGUCCAACGCUGGACCAGAACCAAGAGGGAGGUAAAGGCUCUCAUGCAAAACGAUAUCUUCACCCGUCGCCCCUUGGACACUAAGACAAUGCAGUACUGCGUCAACGAUGUUCUAUACCUACCUGCACUCUACAGUGCCUAUGCAAAGCGCACUGAUGGCCAACGGAUGAAAAAGGUUAUGGACGAGAGCGCGCGCCGCGUAGUUGAUGCCUGCGGGCCCUCCUACGAGCCUCAGUACAAGGCAAACAAGUUGGGGCCUUGCGGAACAGGAUCAGGCAAGAGACUGUUGACAUUGGAGGAGGGUCUUGACAUGUGGGAGGACCAGCAGGUAGAUGAAAUGGAACAAGAACUCUUUGGACGUGGCGACAUGGAUGACGCGAGCUACUGGAGCAACUAUUGA